AACAAGUGCAUAGAAACGGUUUACCACAAUGAUCCGUAGGUAUUUAGUGAGGCAAAACCGAGAGGAAUCAACAGGUAGCUGAAAUAAUUAUAGACACUAUCGCUCGAAGGCCGACAUCGUACGGUUUCUACCGAAUGAGCCUGGGAACGCGCCGAACCGCUCGUCUCAUAUAAUAAACCCCUUCCACCGGGAUGCUGAAUUGUUUAUGACGAAGGACCAAGGACCAAGUUUUUCCCGCAUAACUUUGCAAACGCCGUACGACGACAGAAGCGAUAGGAAGUGUUGUCAGUAGAGGGUCUGUAGGAUAGUUAUAGUUCGUAGUAAGUCGAUUCAGUGUGCGGUGGAAAUCAAUUGUGAUAAGUUAUAAUGGUAACUAUGACUUCGGUCGUUACCAGUACCAGCAUGAUUCAGCCCAGCAGUUUGUCGCCUACUCCUAGUACCACUAGUGGGGAAGGUUCCACUACUACAAGGAGGACUAGUGAAAAUAGGAGGAGCAACAAACCAAUUAUGGAGAAGAGGCGGAGAGCGCGGAUAAAUAACUGCCUCAAUGAAUUGAAAACACUUAUCUUGGACGCGAUGAAAAAAGACCCAGCUCGACAUUCAAAAUUGGAGAAAGCUGACAUUUUGGAGAUGACUGUCAAGCACCUACAAAAUCUUCAAAGGCAACAAAUCGCAAUGUCAGCUGCUGCCGAUCCCUCCGUCGUCAAUAAAUUCCGUGCUGGGUUCAGUGAAUGUGCCACGGAAGUUGGACGAUUUCCUGGACUAGACCCCAUGGUGAGACGAAGACUUCUGCAGCAUCUUGCUAACUGCCUUUCGCAAGGUUCAAAAGCGCAAGAGGUACCUCAAGUCCAAGUUCACAUCCUUCCUAAUAACCAAAAGUCCGUCGAGCAACAAGUUCCACAGAGCAGCGGCAUCAUUUUGAGUAACGGAAAUGGAACCGGCUUGCAGCUUGUUCCAACAAGAUUGCCGAACGGCGAUAUCGCUCUGAUACUACCCAACUCAACACAUUCUCAACAACAUGCUGUGAAUUCGCCGAUCCCCCUGCUCGUGCCUAUAGUACCAGAAAGGACUCCUUCCGUAGCAUCAGCUACAAGUACUUCAUCAAACUAUUCCCCCAGCCAUAGUCCGGAACCAAUGGACACUAUGUUUUGCCAACCGAAACCAUUGUCAUUGGUCGUGAGGAAAUGUGUAGAACCUAUUGAAGAAAAGCCUUGGAGACCGUGGUGAAAAAGUUGAUGGAAACUACCAAAAUGUGAUCGUUCGUGAGAAUUGUGAUAUCUACUUAGUGGAGAUCCUUGAGAAAAUGAGACGGAAAACGAAUCAGUAUUAAUUCAUACCUAUUUCUGAAUGUCCCAGUUAGGUUGUAAAUAUGAAUAUGGUAUAUUUUCUCGCAGUCAAGGGUUCUGGUAACUGAUCUGUCAUUUUAGAGUAUCCCGCGAUAAUCUGAAGUGAAACUGUAAAAAGUGUGGAAAGCCAUUAUAUGUUCGAGAGAUCAGGAAGUAGAACUCAAAAAAUGUUUUAUUGUUUGAUAGAUCUUAUGUGAUUUAAAAAUAUUAAGUAUAUGUUUGAAAGAUGUAAUAUAUAGAUGAAAUUAUUUAGAAAUAAUGUGCCUUAUAAACAACAAGAUCAUCAAAGUCUUCCAAUUGAGUUGGUAUUUCAUAUAUUUAAUAUGUUCAUAAAUACGAAAAAUAUAUUUGUAAAUUAUAUCAUUAUUUGAA